CGCCCGCGAGCCCCGGGCGCCAUUUUGGAUUCUGUCACCGGGCCGAGGCUCGGCGCUCGCUGCUGUCGGCCGCUGCUCGCCGAGGGCGAAGGACGCAUACCGCGCGGGACAGAGAAGGGACGCUUUCCCCCACCCCGGGCAUCCGGAGCCGCAAAGGUGGAGCCGCGUCGGCGCCCGCCGCGGGACCAGCGUCUCGGAUGCGGGCGGAGCGCGGGGGGCCGCGACGGCGGGAGCGCGGAGACGGGGCCCCGGGAGGCCUCAUGUGAGAGCCGCGGGAGCCGCCGCCGCCGCAGGCCGCGCAGCCCGGGGUGGUGUGUGGGGGAAGCCGCCCCCGGCAGCAGGAUGAAACGAGGAGGAAGAGAUAGUGACCAGGACUCGGCUGAGGAAGGCACUGCCCAGAAGCCUAAGACACCAAGGACGGCCCGUGAGUGCCCGCAGCCUUGUGACUGGGCGAACCUCCUGCAGGACAUCGUCCUCCACGUUUUUAAGUAUUUGCCUCUUCUUGACCGGGCUCAUGCUUCCCAAGUAUGCCGGAGUUGGAAUCAGGUAUUUCACAUGCCUGACUUGUGGAGAUGUUUUGAAUUUGAACUGAAUCAGCCAGCUACAUCUUACUUGAAAGCUACACAUCCAGAGCUGAUCAAACAGAUUAUUAAAAGGCAUUCAAAUCAUCUACAGUAUGUCAGCUUCAAGGUGGACAGCAGCAAAGAGUCCGCUGAAGCAGCCUGUGAUAUACUAUCGCAGCUGGUGAAUUGCUCCUUAAAAACACUUGGACUUAUUUCAACUGCUCGGCCAAGUUUUAUGGAUCUACCAAAGUCUCACUUUAUCUCUGCACUGACUGUUGUGUUUGUAAACUCCAAAUCCCUAUCCUCACUUAAGAUAGACGACACCCCAGUAGAUGACCCAUCCCUUAAAGUCCUAGUGGCCAACAACAGUGACACACUCAAGCUGCUAAAAAUGAGCAGCUGUCCUCAUGUCUCUCCAGCAGGAAUUCUGUGUGUGGCUGAUCAGUGUCAUGGCUUACGAGAAUUGGCCCUGAACUACCAUUUGCUAAGUGAUGAGUUGUUGCUCGCACUGUCUUCUGAAAAGCAUGUUCGCUUAGAACAUUUGCGCAUUGAUGUUGUCAGUGAGAACCCCGGACAGACACACUUCCACACGAUUCAGAAGAGCAGCUGGGAUGCCUUCAUCAAACACUCACCGAAAGUCAACCUAGUGAUGUAUUUUUUUUUAUACGAAGAGGAAUUUGACCCAUUCUUUCGUUAUGAAAUACCUGCUACUCAUCUUUACUUUGGGAGAUCAGUCAGCAAAGAUGUGCUUGGCCGCGUGGGCAUGACCUGCCCAAGACUAGUGGAACUGGUAGUGUGUGCCAAUGGGUUGCGGCCCCUUGAUGAAGAGUUAAUUCGAAUUGCAGAACGUUGCAAAAAUUUGUCAGCUAUUGGGCUGGGGGAAUGUGAAGUCUCAUGUAGUGCCUUUGUUGAGUUUGUGAAGAUGUGUGGGGGCCGCCUGUCUCAGUUGUCCAUUAUGGAAGAAGUGUUAAUUCCUGACCAAAAGUAUAGUUUGGAGCAGAUUCAUUGGGAAGUGUCUAAGCAUCUUGGCAGGGUGUGGUUUCCAGACAUGAUGCCGACUUGGUGAGGGACUGCAUGGCACAGGCAUGAUGAGUACGGAGCACAUUCAGUUAAGAAACAUAUUCUAAUUAAAGUUUAUCUGCUCUUGAGCUAAUAGAAUUCUACUGUUUUGUGGCACAGAAAUUUGGUGUUGGUGAGCUUAUAUAAUGAGUGAUGUUUGUCAGGAGGCCUACAGUUUGGUUCAGAUAACUCCUUUUUUGUAGCCUAAUAGCAAACGUUUAAAAAUUAAAAAUGUGGUUUUGUAUUUGAAAGUAAUAUCCAAUUGUGAAAAUGAGAUAAUUGAUAGUCUGAAGGAAACAACCUGUAUAUUGUAAUAUCUCAGAAGUGUACUAAUAGGUUUUCUGAAAUGUUCUCUAUGCAUUUUUUAAAAAAAUGUAAACUUGACAUUUUAGAGUCUUCAGAUAUAAAUACACCUGUUAUAAGGUGUUUAAUAUAGCUCAGGAACGUGAGCAUUUUGUGAGAGAAAUGUAUGAUAGCACUCAUAAGAUGUUGGUUGAAUGUUUUCAAACAUUAUGAAGCUGUUUUAAAAAUAAAGAUAUAAAUAUCAAAGUACUUAGAACACUGAUAAAUGUUGCAGUGGUUAUUAAAGGGGGACACACAGAGCCAGGAUCAAAUCUAGAGAAAUCUGGGGAGGAGGAGAGAGGUAGGUUAGCUUUGUGUAAACUUUAGGUUUCUUGUGAAAUAUGCUAAACCACCUGCAUUCUUUUCUGUUAUAUUACUCAUGUCCAUGGUGCAUGAGGCAUUGUAUGUAAAGGAAUGCUUUAAUCUCUCUUUUUAAGUCUUUAUUUAAACCAGUUUUAAAAUAUUAAUAAUUUAAAUGAAAAUUUUACUUAAAAACCAAAUUGAAAUAAUUAAAAGUAGAACUUUAUAAAUCAUUUACAGUUUCAUGAAAGAAUAUUAGUCUCCAGUGAACUUUAGUGAUGGGUCAUGCUUUAAGUUUGACAUAGCUACAAUAAAUACAACUUUAAAAAUCAAAGAGUAUCUGUACAGUUCAGAAACACUAAAUUUAAAAGAAGAUAUAUUCUGUAAUAAUUUGAGUAAAUAUUACUCAGUGAACUGGAACAUUUUAAUAGGAAAAUGCAGUUUUGUCAAUUUGGUUGAAGCUGUUAUUUUAUUUUUAAGUUAUGUAACUUUUCAUUUACUUUCAUAUGAAUAAAGAUAAAUUCUAGACUUUGUAGAGUAUAAAUAUACUAAGUUUUGGUUAUAUAUAGUUUUGGGAUUUCGGUUUUGGUUGUUAGCUAGUCUGAGGUUGGAUGCUGGGUACCAGGGCUACCAGAUGUCUCUCCUGAGAGACCUUAGGAGUGAGGUACCGCAGCAGAUUGCUUCAGUGCCUGAAAUGGCUCUCUGCAGUAGCCGUGGGACUUUUACACAGUACCCUGAUAAUUACGGAAGCUAACAGUCUGAAAAGUAGAUGAACUUACUUACUGAGAAUAAAACAGAAUGUGGCUUUCUAUACAAUUCAUGCUUUUCAGAAGUGAUGAUAUUCUUCCAGGCACAUACUGAUGAGAAGGAAAAGACCGACCCAGAGUUCCACAUUAAAGACAGCUAUUAGAAUAUUUUACUCUUACUAAAUAGUAAGAAGCUUUGAGUAUACAUGAUAUACUUGUGCUAGUUGGCUGGUAUUUUUUAUUUUAGUUUUUUUGAACAACAUUGGAAAGUGGAUUUGAUGGUAUAUAGUCAGUUUUACUAACCAAAGCUUUAUUUGAAAACUUACUUUUUGUACAAAUUGAAUUAUAUGCUUGAAUACUUUAAGUCACUUUAUAAGCAAGAUGCAUAGCACUUAAUUUGUUUAUACUGUAAAAUAUAUGUUAAAUGGUUUUAUCAAUUUGAGAAUAAAGAUAGUUACUAA